GUGUGGUUUCUGCUUUGCGCUUGUCAUCAUCCCCUCGCUAUGAGCGGUUACGGAAACAUGGAAGACUUCUCCGAAGGCUCCAAGAUCAAUGCUAGCAAGAACCAGCAGGAUGAGGGGAAAAUGUUUAUUGGAGGUUUGAGUUGGGACACAAGCAAAAAAGAUCUCACAGAAUAUCUCUCUCGGUUUGGUGAGGUGGUUGACUGUACAAUUAAAACAGAUCCAAUUACUGGAAGGUCCAGAGGCUUUGGUUUCGUACUCUUUAAGGAAGCAAUAAGUGUGGAUAAAGUGCUGGAAAUGAAAGAACACAAGCUUGAUGGUAAACUCAUUGAUCCUAAACGGGCAAAGGCAUUGAAGGGCAAAGAGGCUCCCAAAAAAGUAUUUGUUGGUGGCCUUAGUCCAGACACCACAGAAGAGCAGAUAAAAGAAUUUUUUGGAAAAUUUGGAGAGAUUGAAAAUAUUGAGCUGCCAAUGGACACAAAGACAAAUGAAAGGAGGGGAUUCUGCUUUAUUACUUUCACUGGUGAAGAGCCUGUUAAGAAACUCCUGGAAAGCAGGUUUCAUCAGAUUGGAUCAGGAAAGUGUGAGAUAAAAGUUGCACAGCCCAAGGAAGUUUACCGACAGCAGCAGCAGCAACAGAAGGGAGGAAGAGGUGGAGGACCAACAUCUGGUAGAGGAGGCUCUCGAGGGAGAGGCAGAGGCGGUCAAGGUCAAAGCUGGAAUCAGGGUUACAAUAACUACUAUGAUCAAGGGUAUGGUGGCUAUGGAAACAACUACAGUGAACAAGGUUACAACAAUUACAGUGGCUAUGACUAUCCCAGUUACAACUACAGCAACUAUGGUGGAUACAAUCAAGGAUAUACAGACUACAGUGGUCAACAGAGCACAUACGGCAAGGCAUCACGAGGUGGAAACCAUCAAAACAACUAUCAACCUUACUAAUGGAUUGUGCAAUGUAAAAAAAGGUGUGUAUGAGCAGACCUGAUUAACUAUUAAAUUUUUUUUUAAAGUAUUUUAUUUGAAUAAAGAUAACUUAAACUUUGUGUGGACUCAGUUUUUUUUAAAACAAAUUUACAAUUAACUUUCUGCAUCCCUUUUUGUAAAAUUGUUUUUAGAGCUCUAACUUUAAAGACGUGGUCUUAAAUCGUUUUCCCUUAAAUACUGCAGAAUUUUUAAACUGGGGUUCUCUGGAAUUUAUAAGCAAUUUUUUUUUAAAAGUAAUACCAGGUAAAGUACUGAAAUGGGUACAACGUAAGGUAAAGAAUGUUGUCUUCUAACUCUGACAUUAUACCUUGUUUGUACCCGCCAGCGGGAACUUCAUUGCAGGCCGUGUGUCACCCUGACCACGUCUAUCUCUGGGGUCGCACGUUGUGGGCCGAGCGCAAGGCGUACACCAGAAAACGCUGUCCUGUGGUAUGGUCUCUUACAACUUCAUGUACCAGCGUAAAGAUUAAACUGGGAAAACUACAGACUUCUUUAAUCUUUGUGGAAAGUCUUUUGUUAACACUGUAUAAAUUGUUUUUUGCAGGCGUUUUUGUUUAAAAUAAAAUAGUUGCAUUUUACAGUUUUAAUAAUUUUGCUCUUUAAUGUUUCCCCUAUUUUGUGCAUUUUAAAUUUUUAGGAUUUAAUGCUUGCUUCUUUUCUUUAUAGCCAGUAAGUGAAGUCUACAGACAAAUUAACUUUUUACUUUGUUUUUUUUAAAGAGGGGUGGAGUGUCUGAAAAAUUCAUACGCACAUUCACUAGUUCCCUUAUGUGGACUGUACAAAUAAAUACAUUAUGGAUUGUAAACAAAUCCCUAUUCAUUUGUGGAAUAUACUGACUGGAUAAAGCUCAUGAAAUGACUGGCAGUUUGAUGCCUAAAAGGCAAUGUGCAUAUGAGUUUUUUGGCUCUUAAGGAAUUAACUAUUUUGUAAUAAGCCAUUUCAAGUCUUAUUUUUCUAUAUUUUCCCCUGACAGUCUGCAGUAACUACUGUUUUUCCUUUCUUGUAGAUGGAUAUGAUAUGGCAAAGGAUUGCAAAGAAUGUUUUCACACGGGGAGGGUCCCCUCAACUAUACUCCCUUGAGAGGACACUUGAUUUAAGACACAUUGGUGUCUUGCUGUAUAUAGGAACUGGAUUGUUUUUAUUUUAAACAUUUUUUUUUUUUUAAAUUAGGUUUGUUUUCAAGUCUGUAAACAAUGCAUUUUAUGUUAAUUUUUAUUUGGUAAAUCCUGUACCUUGUG